ACAGCUGGUUUGAAUGUGACAGCUGGUUUGAAUGCGAUGGCUGGUUUGAACGUGACGGCUGGUUUGAAUGUAACAGCUAGACAGCUGGAAAGAAUAGAACAACUGGAACCAACAGAACUCACCUGGAAAACCUGGAACACCAAAACACCUGGAACACCCAAAACACCUGGAACUGAAAACAACAGAAUUGUGACGGCUGAAACGAAUGGGAUGGCUGGUUUGAAUGCGACGAUUGGAACGAAUAGAACAACUAGAGCCGACAGAACUAUGAUUACGGUGAAAAAAAUCUUAUCAACUACUUGGUCACAAAUUUCAAAACAAGCAAUUUUGAAUUUUGGACGUCCAAUUGCAUAUUGUGAAACAAUGCCUCUUUAUCAAAGGAAACAAAUUCCUCCCAUUCCUGCUCCAAAGCUAGAUGUUUCCGAGCAUGGUGAUCGUAACGUUUGGAUAAUUCCGUACACCUCUGAAAUCUUUAUUAAAUAUGAGUAUCCUUUAACAGAUUAUUUGGCACGCAUUUCACUUUAUAACCGGCCUAUUUGGCAAUGUGCGCUAACGGGUAAACAAGGACUUACUUAUAAAGAAGCACUUGAUAGCGAGAACACGCAUAGAGAAGCGUUACAUGAAAAGUUCCCAGAGGGUUUGAAACGUCAAAUAUUGGAGUUUGUUCAAUUUCAAACGGAAAGGUUAGAUGUCCUUGUGAAUAGAAUAUUUGAAACGUAUAGAGAUCAAUAUGCUCUCGGUGAAAUUGUAUAUGUAUUAUUAGACGGGAAAAAAACCAAGGCAAAGAUAGCGGACGUUAAAUUUGAUGACGCGAACGAAGAAAUGAGCUCUUCUGGGGCAAAGGCAAGUAGCUCUAAGUCUCGCAAAGCCGUGUCUUCGCAAAUUACCUAUCGUGUACAAAUGUUAGACGAAGGCGGAAACGCAUUGAGACAAAAAAGCAGUAAGAAAUACAUAACAAAGACCUUUGCUGGAGGCGAAGCCAUGAGCCGUGUGGAUAAGUUAUCAUUUACAAAGACUCUUAUUCGUCAGUUCAUUAAAGAGUCUGCGACUAAGAGUACAUAUGUUCGUGCGCCGUGGCUAAUAAAAAAAAGCAUAGCAAAAAAAUAUGGAAUGUCGACGAAGCUUCCGGAAGACCUACAGAAAGCCAAAGAUGAGGCUAUCGAAAAAAGCAAAAAACGCAAGAUUUCAUCACGUGAUGUACCAGCGAAAAAAUCAAAGAACAAUAAAGGAACUAGUAGUAAUGUACGAGAUUCAAAGAAGCAAGAAUCUGCAUACGCGGACAAGAGAUUGAAGGAAAAGGAAGAGCAAAAACGUUUAAAGGCUGAGGCAAAGAAAAUCAAAUACCCAAUAGAGGAUUUGGAAGUAUCACUUGAUAAAAAUUUACUUCAAAAGAGACCUUUAUUAAGUCAAGAGUUUAAAGUUCCACAAAACUCUGUAGGAACUUUAUUGAUGAUUUGGAAUUUUUUGUCAAUAUUCGGGAAGCCACUUGGCUUGUCGUUUUGUACACUCGAUGAUUUUGAAACAUCACUUUGCCAUAAUAUGUCAAAUCCUCGGUGCUAUUUAGUUAUUGAAACGCACGUAGCGUUAUUAAAUGCAAUCAUAAAAGAUCAACUGCUCUUCAAAGGCAAAAAACGUCAAACAACGUCUCGUAAUACCGCUGUUAGAGAUAGUAUGAAGAAUGAGUCCGAUAGUGAUCCAACACAAACGGAUCAAGCUAAUGAUGAAAGUGCAACAGGUUCAGCCUGGGAAAUUUUAAAUGAAUUAGGAAGAAGAUGGGAUAAGAGAAUCAUAUCGCCUGGUGAUGGGCGGAGAGGUUGGGAGAGUGUUCUUAUUGGAUGCAUUCAACAGUUGGGCACAUAUGAAUCCAUCCCAAAUUUGGACAACAUACUUUCACAUUUGGUACCUAAUGAUCAAGCUGAUUCAGAUGAAGAUUUUGAAGAAAGUUACGCAACCCUUGAAGUAUUGGAUAAAUUGCAAAUAUUAAACUUUUUAGUUAACAUUACAACAAAAACUACCGUCAUUCAUGAUUACAUCGAUAGAUGUGCAGAAAAAUUAGUAGAGCUCAAUAAAGAAAAAAAUGACCUCAUUAAAGAGAAACGACAAGUCUCAUGCUCAUUUGCAGAAAUCUCUAAAGGUAAUCUCCCGUCAACAUCAAUUUCCAAAGUAAGCACUCUGCAUAAUACUGGAGAUGCAACAGACAAUCCUGUAGGCGAAGACUCUGAUGCAUUGAAAGCUAUAAAACGUAAAUUAGAGGAAGAUGAAAUUGCAAUACAAAAAAGGGAAGAACAAAUUGAAAAGGACAAGCGGAAAUAUGCGUUGCCACGAAUCUCACCAUUAGGACGUGAUCGCUUCUAUAAUAAAUAUUAUUACACUGACUGCAUAGGUGCCGCAGUCGGUGAAAAAUAUGGAACGGGGAGGAUUUUUGUAGAGACACCAAGCACUUAUGAUUUGCAAAUCAUGACAGAGAAAGAAGAACAACGGUUCAACAAAAGACGAAAAAUUGAGGAGGUUUCUUUUGGCUCAGGUUCUGACAAUCAAACGAAAUGGGGUUAUUAUGAUGAUAUAAGCCAGGUCGAAGAGUUAAGGCAGUGGCUUAAUACCAAAGGAAUACGGGAAUUAGCGUUGAGUAAUGAGUUGACAGCACGUUAUCAAGAUAUCUCAUUAAGCAUGAAUAAGCGGCAACAAGACAUGGCUAUAUCGUAUUCGGCUCAAGAAGUACGAAGAAGUAGACGUACUCAAGCAACACUUGCAACGCUAUCAGCACAGCCAUACAUGAAAUGGACAAAUAA